AAAAUCCCCUCAGUGCAGUAGCUCAACUCACUGUUCAUUAGUAAACGUGUGUCAGAGUGCGUUUUGUUGCGCCAAUUGUGUUUGAAGGCAGUCGCUCGCUAGCAGGUGCGUGGUGCGCGCGUGCGUUCGCCAUUACUCAACGAACAGCUGAUCGCGCCGCUUUGCCGCCAAUACGAAUGGUCAAUUUUCAAAAUUAGAACGCCAUAUUACGAAACUCAAAUUUAAAUGCACAGAUUAUAAACUUUCAUUCCAAAUAGUGCAGUGCUUAAUAAAACGGACCAAUGAAGAUGACAGUCAAUCGAAUAAGAGUUGUGGUGCUCGGGAGCGCAAGAUGCGGGAAAUCGGCUGUGGUCGUCCGGUAUCUCACCAAGCGUUACAUCGGCGAAUAUAGUUCGACUGGCGAUUUUCUAUACCAACACCGGGUGGCGUUUGAUGGAGCCACUUCUGAAGUCGAGGUCUUGGACACAUGUGGAUGUGCCAAACGUGGUUGCCUCGCGGACCACCUUCGCUGGGGUGAUGCCUUUGCGGUGGUAUACUCCGUGUGUGAUCGUCGCUCGUUCCUGGCUGCAGCAGAACUGCUGGGUCUAUUAGAGAGGACCAGGCUACCAGGAUGCACCGCUGUCACGUUACUGGGAAACAAAAGGGACUUGGAACAUGCCAGAGUGGUAAAAGCUGAGGAAGGCCAAGAACUAUCUCUACGAUUCGGGUGCCAAUUCUACGAGGUGUCGGCAGCGGAGUCGUGCGCGGGCGCCGCGCUGGCGUUCCACGCGCUGUUGCGAGAGGCGCGGGCGAUGGCGCUGCUGCUGCCCGCGCCGCGCCGCAAGCUCGCUGCCUACUCCGUCUCCAAGGUAAUCGGAUCGAUCCUCGGCCUCAGCAACAAGAGCGUGAGGAAGAAACGGCCCUCGCUCAGCAUAUGAUGCGCCCUUCCACUCCUCAGGGUCUCGGUCACUCCUUGACAGGAGUUUGUUUAUUUCUGUGCGACAGAAAGUUGUUAUCUCUCUCGGGGAGAUUUGUCGACUGAAGGUCGAAGAAGGUUUGGUGAAACUGAUGGAAAAGAUGUGAAUGUUGGUAUGUGUUUUUGGUAUUAUGUUCUCUGAAGGAGUUGGACGAGAUAUUUUUAGUAAUGUGAUCAUUUUAUUACCAAUUGUUUGGACAAAAACAUAUCUGCAACAUAGACCAACAUAGAUAGGUAGAUGUUGGCCAUUAGAUGGCUAAAGUUCGACUGAAUAGAUUGAAGUUCUGCUUUAGUUUCAAGGAGUUUGUAUUUGCAAAUGUGAUUCGAAAGCAAUGUUCUUGUGAUGGUGGAUUAUUACUUGUACUAUGUAAUACACAUACUUAGAAGUUUAAUUUUACGAAAUGUAUUUUUAAAUAUAAAAUCGGGAUGUAUUUAUAAAUGUUUCUAAAAAGACAAAAUUUCCUAAUCUACAUUGUAAAUGUGUUAUCGAAUCUAUGUUUGAUAGCAAUUGAUGACCUUAACCUAUUUACCAAUAUUUUUUGUGUAUUUACUUUAUCAGUAUUCACAUCAGAUUAGGGUCCCAAGGACUGAUUUGUUGUUAUCUUUCUAAAAAAUCAUCUGAUACCUACCUAUAUAAAAUUUAUAUAAUAAAUUUGUUGACUCAAAGAAAGUUUUUUCUGAUUAUAUUUUGUAACGAAUUACUUUCAAGCCAAUAUUUUUGCACACAGUUUGAAUACCUAUUUAAAUAAAAUAAUUUCCAUAUUAAUAUGAUAAAAUGUGUGAUUAAUUAAUGCCUUAGCCACAUGAGUAACUGAGCUAGAUUAGCUUAAUGAGCUUUCUUCUUGAAGAAGAAAUAGCAACUUUUAAAACUUCGGUCGCAUGAUGCGUUGUGGUAUGGAACGUUAUUCUUAGUUUAUUU